AUGGCCGUCGAUUUCGUAUCCGGAAAGCAACAAAUCUUCGAUCAAAGAAGAGAGAAGAGUGAAGGGGAGACUGCGAUCACGAAUUACCAAAGGAGAUCGGCAGUACCAACGCUGACAAUGACAGUUGUUGCUGCUGAGGAGGCCGGAGCUAGUGGGGCAGUUGAAAAUGCCUUUGCCAAACAUGAAAACAAAGAGGCUGCUGGGAAAUGGAGGGAUGCUCUGAAAGAAGCAGCGGAUCUGGCUGGGUGGGGAUUGAAGAACACAGCUGAUAGGCACGAAGCUAAGUUCAUCCAAAAAAUUGUUGAAGAGCUUUCACUAGAGUUAAGAGCUUUCGAUUUCAACAUUGAUGAAAAAUUUGUAGGCAUGGAGACCCGGAUCAAUGAUGUUUUAUUAUCUUUGGGUACUGGUUCUGAUGAUGUUUGCAUGAUUGGGAUCAAGGGAAUUGGAGGUGGUGGGAAGACAACUCUAGCCAAGGCUGUUUUUGAUCAAAUAUCCUUUCAAUUCGAAAGUAAAAGUUUCGUUGAGAGUGUUCGAGAAGUUUCAAAAGCUUCUUUGUCCGGUUUGAAGUCGUUGCAAAAUCAAAUCAUUUCCGAUGUCUUAAAUGAUCGGGGCAUCUCCGUAAGUAGUGUUCAUGACGGGAUAAACAUUAUGAAAAGGAGGAUGCCUGGUAAAAAGGUUCUUCUUGUUCUAGAUGAUGUGGAUCAUAUAGAGCAGCUUGAGGUGUUAGCCGGUGAGACGAAUUGGUUUAAGCCAGGAAGCCGAAUUAUCAUUACAACAAGAGAUGAGCAGGUGCUUGUAGCACACAGAGUGAAAUCGAUUCAUGAUGUCAAAUUGUUAUCAGAAGAGGAAGCAAUUUGCCUCUUCAGUAGGUAUGCAUUUGGGAGAGUGAUUCCAAAUUUAGGGUACGAAAAACUAGUACAAAGAGUAAUAUAUUAUGCUGCUGGUCUUCCUUUAACGAUCAAAGUUUUGGGUUCAUUUCUCUGUGGUAAGAAUGAGUUUGAGUGGAUAGAUGCCAUAGAAAGACUAAAAACAAUUCCACUAUUAGAAACCCUGAAAAAAUUAGAAUUAAGUUAUAUCAGUCUAGAGGAGGAUUACAAGGAAAUAUUCCUAGAUGUUGCAUGUAUACUAAAAGGAUGGUCGAAAGCCAAUGCAAUCAAAGCGCUUGAAAGCUGUGGAUUUCAUGCUAGAAGUGGUUUAAGAGUUCUUGAGCAAAGAUCUCUCAUAACUGUUGAUCAUAGUGGGUAUCUGGGCAUGCAUGACCGUGUUGAAGAAAUGGGCAGAAAUAUUAUUCGUUGUUCACACCCCGAUAAGCCUUAUAAACAUAGUCGAUUGUGGAUUAACAAGGAAAUUGAAGAUAUAUUGUCUAAUGACUUGGGUACUGAAGCAACAAGAUAUAUACAAUUUUACUCGUGGAAAGUCAGUGCGGAAGUUGUGAUGAAAGGUCUUAGAAAGAUGAAGGAACUUAGAUUUCUUCACGUGUCAGGGGGAUCUUUUGAGGCAAGUCAUUACCCAAAACAUUUAAAGCAGAUAAUCUUGUUGCACUUGAGAUGGCUCACAGCAAAAUCAUACAUCUUUGGGAAGGGGGAGAAAGAAAGGUUCUUAAACAAGCUGAGAUUCCUUGACCUCAGUUAUUCAAAGUUGAGGACCCUUAAUCUUUUGCUUACUCCAAAUAUCGAGACAUUGAAUCUUAAAGGGUGUGGUGAUUUGGUAGAGCUUUACGAGCUUGCUAGAUGUUUAAAGCUCAUAACUAUCGACCUUAGUUAUUCAAUGUUGAGGACCAUUAACCUUGGGUCAACUCCCAGUCUCAAGCUGUUAGAUCUUGGAGAUUGUUGGGGUUUGGUAGAACUUCACAUGCCCGGUAGAUAUCCAAAUCUAAGAUCCAUAAAGCUCAAUAAUUCAAAGUUGAGGACCCUUGACAUUGGACCGACUCCGAAUCUCGAGUAUUUAGAUCUUAAAAAUUGUAAUGAUUUGGAAGAACUUCACAUAGCCGAUGGAUGUCUAAAAAAGCUUGUCUACUUAGACUUGAGUGGUUGUUUGAGGUUUAAAUCUUUUAAGUUUAAAAUAAAGAAUGAUACUUUUCCUACCAAUAAUGAUUCUUCUUGUAGUGAGAAUGAAUCACUUGAGAUUGGUCCUUUAGCUGAGUUGUAUCUGAUAGUGGAAUCCCUAGAUGGUUGCCCAUUACACCCCGGCAAUAAUUUGCCAAAGUUUCAGUUUACAUGUUUUUAUAAAGAAGAUCGUCCCUUACUGACUAGAAACCUUGAGAAGCUUAUUUCUGUAGGUCUGUGUGCUUGCACCAACCUUGAUGCGUUUUCAAGAAGCAUUUGUGGGUUACAACAUCUAAGAGUGCUUAAAUUCAAAGGCAGUAUUCUCGAGGCACCCAAGGACCUUGACCAGCUAGAAUGUCUAGAGAAGCUAGAUUUGUCAGAUACAGGGAUAACAGAUAUUCCUGAGAGCCUUUGUAUGUUGAAACAUCUGAAAUCUCUCAAACUUGAUUUCUGUUUCUUUCUUGAGAAGUUACCUAAGGAUCUUGGCCGAUUAGAAUGCUUAAAGGAGCUAAUUUUGUCAUAUGCAAAGAUUAAAGAUCUUCCUGAUAGCAUUUGUAUGCUGAAACAUCUUGAAUUUCUCGAACUUUUUAAUUGUCGGUUACUUGAGAAGUUACCUGAAGAUUUUGGACAAUUAGAAUCUUUAGAGAAUCUCAACCUCAAUCAUUGCGAGUUAUUACAAGAUAUCCCGGACAGCAUCUGUGAGAUGAAAUGUCUAAAACGUCUUAGUCUCAACUAUUGUAUUCAACUUGAGAAAUUUCCCGAGGAACUUGGACAUUUAGAAUGUUUAAAACAGUUAGAUUUAGGAGGUGUGUACAUAACUCAUCUUCCACAGAGCAUCUUCUUGUUGAAAGGAGUGCGUAUCUAUGGGUCAAGAGGGCUUCUUCAGUCAUUUGGUUUUACAUUCGAGAUACAGACCACAGCUUACGAAGAGUUGUGUUACGUAAUGAUACAAGGCCAGGAAAAGACAUCCAGACUAAACUAUUAUAGCAAGGAAAAGCAACAAGGGCACAAGCCACCUCUGACCCGUGCUAAAUCCCCCAGAUAG